GGUCGGGUUCCGUCCGCUGCGCGUCAGCCUUGUCGAUACCUGCUGCCGCCCCCACCGCCGCCUCCGCCGCCUGCGUCCCUGCUCCGGUCCGUGGUGCAGCCGGACCAGCAUCAUGUCGUUGUCGCGCUCAGAGGAGAUGCACCGGCUGACGGAAAAUGUCUAUAAGACCAUCAUGGAGCAGUUCAACCCCAGCCUGCGGAACUUCAUCGCCAUGGGGAAGAACUACGAGAAGGCCCUGGCAGGUGUGACCUACGCUGCCAAAGGCUAUUUCGAUGCCCUCGUGAAGAUGGGCGAGCUGGCCAGCGAGAGCCAGGGCUCCAAGGAGCUUGGAGACGUCCUCUUCCAGAUGGCUGAGGUCCACAGGCAGAUUCAGAACCAACUGGAAGAGAUGCUGAAGUCCUUCCACAAUGAGCUGCUCAUGCAGCUGGAGCAGAAGGUGGAGCUGGACGCCAGGUACUUGAGUGCCGCACUGAAGAAGUACCAGACGGAGCAGAGGAGCAAAGGCGACGCGCUGGACAAGUGCCAGGCUGAGCUGAAGAAGCUGCGCAAGAAGAGCCAGGGCAGCAAGAACCCGCAGAAGUACUCGGACAAGGAGCUGCAGUACAUCGAUGCCAUCAGCAGCAAGCAGGGCGAGCUGGAGAGCUACGUGUCCGACGGCUACAAGACGGCACUGACCGAGGAGCGGAGGAGGUUCUGCUUCCUGGUGGAGAAGCAGUGCGCCGUGGCCAAGAGUGCUGCCGCGCAUCACUCCAAGGGCAAGGAGCUGCUGGCGCAGAAGCUGCCGCUGUGGCAACAGGCCUGCGCCGACCCCAACAAGAUCCCAGAGCGCGCCGUGCAGUUGAUGCAGCAGCUGGCCAGCAGCAACGGCGCCAUCCUCCCUGGCACGCUGUCGGCCUCCAAGUCCAGCCUCGUCAUCUCAGACCCCAUUCCGGGGGCCAAGCCCCUGCCGGUGCCCCCUGAGCUGGCCCCAUUUGUGGGGCGGCUGUCCGCCCAGGAGAACACGCCCAUCGUGAACGGCGUCUCGGGCCCGGACAGCGAGGACUACAGCCCCUGGGCUGACCGCAAGGUGGCCCAGCCCAAGUCCUCAUCUCCUCCGCAGCCUCAAACCAAGAUGAGCGACUCCUACUCCAACACGCUGCCCGUGCGCAAGAGCGUGGCCCCGAAAAACAGCUACGCCACCACCGAGAACAAGACGCUGCCUCGCUCCAGCUCCAUGGCGGCCGGCCUGGAGCGCAACGGCCGCAUGCGGGUCAAGGCCAUCUUCUCCCACGCGGCUGGCGACAACAGCACCCUGCUGAGCUUCAAGGAGGGCGACCUCAUCACCUUGCUGGUGCCUGAGGCGCGGGACGGCUGGCACUAUGGCGAGAGCGAGAAGACGAAGAUGCGGGGCUGGUUUCCCUUCUCCUACACGCGGGUGCUGGACAGCGACGGCAGCGACAGGCUGCACAUGAGCCUGCAGCAGGGGAAGAGCAGCAGUACAGGCAACCUGCUGGACAAGGAGGACCUGGCCCUCCCGCCCCCCGACUACGGCGCGGCCUCCCGGGGCUUCCCCACCGCGACGGCCAACACCUUCAAGCAGCGACCCUAUAGCGUGGCCGUGCCCGCCUUCUCCCAGGGCCUGGAUGACUACGGGGCUCGGGCCACGAGCAGCGGCAGCGGCACGCUGGUGUCCACAGUGUGAGGACGCUGACCACGGGCAGCUGCUGCUCGGAAGAGCUUCCGCGCGCCCCCCCCCCCCCAAAUCUGUCUGAUCUCCAUCGGUUUCCUCCUCGGCUCUUGUUGGUUUGUUUUCGGGCCGUUUCUCUUCCCCACCUGCCCCCUCUUGCCUUUUGGUUGGUGACCCCGACUCUGAGAUCCCCAGGGUCCAUGGUGCUGCCCCAGCUCUGCUCCCGUGUUUACACGCCCCCCGGUGUCCCGCCAGGCGGGACCUGCCAGCCCGGCAGCGAGGCGGGCGUCCUGGCCUCUGCUCCCUGUCCGCUGCGCGCACGACGCGCUGAAGCCCCCUUCCUGAAGGCUCGCCGCGAGCCAGCUCUGAAGUUUGAAGAAAAAGAAAAAUCUUUAAAAAAACAAAAAAGCUGAAAACAGGAAAAGGACUUUUUUUCCUGAAAACAAAAAAGAUAUGCAUGGACUCCGGUGUGCGUACUGUUAUUUAUGCAUCUGACUUCCCCCGGCGCACGCUGACCAUCUGUCAGGACAGGGAAGGAACCGGGGCUCCCGUGGGCGCCGCCCGAGGGCCCCGCCGCGCCCAGGGCCUCCUGAGGAAGCUGGCCGCUCCUGUGAGGGAGGCCGUGGCCCGGGCCCGGCCCACGCCACCAGGCCGGGCUCCCAAGACCUGCCUUCUCUGUGGAUGCCAUGGGACGGUGUCCAGAGCCCAGGGUGUGAGCGUCACUCCGGCGUGGCAGCCUCACACCGUGCCCUGGCGGGAGGGGGUCGGGAGCAGGCGCCGCCCGGCCGCACACGGACAUUCCAAAGACCUCCGGAGACCGCCCGCCCCCCGCAUUCUGGGAACUGGUUCCUGAACCGGCCUCGUGAGGGAGUCUCGGCCCCCUGGCCACACGGGGCAGGGGUGCCAGGAGGGCGGCUUUGGGCACCGCCCGCGCCUGCCGCCCUGGGGGAAGCAGGCAGUCCCUGCCCCCGUCCCCCCUAAAACGCUCGUCUUUUUGUGUGUCUUGGUGACUUCAGAAAGAGACAUGCAGGACUCAGAGGCUACUGGUAUUGCCUCCUCACACCCUGAACCCAGGAAGCAAGCAAGGGGGCAGCCCCCAGACCCCUCUGGGCGCGGGAGCCCCCGGACACUGUGGACGCUCCUUUAACGAUGUGACUUAGCAAAGCCUCCCAUGGACCAGAACGUGGCCAGUAGUGUUUGCGACAGAAGCCAUUCAAGACAUAGACCAACCCUUUUAUAUGUAAGGAGAACUCGAAGCCGGAGCCUGGAUCUGUGUGCUGGAGCCCCGCGCGGUGUCCGGACCCUGCGGACAGACCUCACAUCGGGGGCCCCGUGCUCGGUGGAUGGAGGUCGGCACAGACCCGGACACGCGAACGAAGAUGUAAAGUGCUGAAGAUAUUUUUCCCGUUUCUUUUUUAAAA